AUGAAGUACCGUGGUGUUGUUUACGAUGUCGGUCUCAAUUUCAAUGGGGAUGGAUUCUCCGUCGAACCAUUCGAUCCCGCUUUGGUAGAGUACGACAUGCGCACCAUCGCCAACGAUAUGCACGCCAACGCUGUGCGCAUUGAGGGAGAGGACAUCUACCGGUUGGAAACCGCUGCACGAACAGCCCACUCUAUGGGACUAAAGGUGUUCUUUAAUCCGUGGAAGAUGAAUGAGGGCGUCGACGGGACGCGCGCCUACUAUGAGGAGGCCGCGAAGGCGGCUGAAAAACUGCGAAUCAAAGGCAUUGAUACAGUCUUUAUUGCCGGCUGUGAAUACACGAUCUUCAACAAGGGAGUUUUUCCCGGCGAGUCAUUCAAUGAGCGUGCAAUGUUCCUCGGCUCUCAGUUCUCUAGCGGCCACAUAUCGAAAGAUAUUCCGCAGGCUUUACGUGACAAGUCUGUGGUACUGAAUCAUGUCUUGCAGUCUUUUGUUGAGGUUAUUCGGGCCCAGUUUAGGGGACCAGUCACGUACUCGGCUGGCUCCUGGGAAGUUGUGAACUGGGACAUUUUCGACAUCGUUGGUAUAGACUACUAUCGGCGAGGUGAGACCGCAGAGGAAUACAUUUCGGGCCUUGAACGUUAUCGGCUCAACAAGCCUCUCGCAGUUCUUGAAGUCGGCUGCUGCGCCUACGAGGGAGCAGCCAGGCGAGGAGAUGGUGGCUUCAUACUUCUAAAAGGCACAAACCCGGACGGAAGCGGCGUGUUCGAAGGCGACAUUGUCCCGACGCGGAGUGAGGAGGAACAAGCGGACUAUGUAUGGACACAGCUCAAUCUUCUCGCUAAGGCGAAUGUCCACGGGGUCUUCAUCUAUGUGUUUUCAUUUCCCUGUAUGCGGAGUGGAGAAGGUGCCAGAGACCUUGACAUGAUGUGCUUCUCGUUGGUCAAAUACUUCCCCGAGCAGGACCCGAGAUCAAAGGCUAUGCCUCCGUGGGCGCCCAAGAAAUCUUUCCACCGGGUCGCCGAAUUCUUCCGCUCCUUACAGCUACAGGGCCCUGCUGCAUGUUAA